AUCACCACCGAUUUUAUAAUAUUAUUUCCAGUUACGGGGUUAUAUAUAGAGAUCCGAGGGUUUUGGGGUCAGGUCAUAUCUCUUGCCUAGGUUUUUAUCAUCGUCUCUCUUCAACAUAUCAAAUCGGAAGCCAUGCCUCGCCGUAGCUCAGGGGGAAGAUCUGCCCGACCAGCUCCACGUCCUGCUGCAUCCCGUAACCCACCUCCUCAACCAGUGAAUCAUGCUCCUCCACCAGCUCCGGUUCAGAGCAGCUCUGGUGGAUCCAUGCUUGGAGGCAUUGGUGCAACAAUAGCCCAAGGAAUGGCAUUUGGUACUGGAAGUGCUGUUGCACAUAGGGCUGUUGAUGCUGUUAUGGGUCCUCGGACAAUUCAACAUGAAACAGUCGUCUCUGAAGCUGCAGCAACUCCAGCACCUAAUGCACCCAGCAUGGGCGGAUCUGAUGCUUGUAAUGUUCAUUCCAAGGCAUUCCAGGAUUGCCUGAACAGCUAUGGAAAUGACAUCAGCAAGUGCCAGUUCUAUAUGGAUAUGUUGGCUGAAUGCAGGAGAAACUCAGGUUCUAUGAUGAGUUCCUGAGUGUGAUUUCCGGCUUGGUUACAUCCAAUUCAUCAUUUGUGUUUGAAUCCUCAAGGAGAUGUUAUUAAGGGUUCACAUCAGUGGAUAUUAUUGUUACCGUUGAAUGUGGUGUUCUACAGACUUUAUUGGAAUAAAUGAUACUUUUAAGAAGCAGACAUCUUAGGAGAACAUUAUAUUGUCUGGCGUAAAUUUCAGUGCAUCUCCAUUUUGCCUUUUGA